UCUUGAAGCGAGUGGGAAAAAGAAAAGAAAAGAAAAGAAAAAAACAAAUGCCCCAAUUUCUUUCCCCGGACUUCCAUCCAACCAUCUAACCUGCAAACAAGCCACAGCCUCGUGCAGGUCCACAAGCUGCAGGUAAAUCGUGGGGGAAGGUGGCUCAUACCUGGGGCUUCGGCCACGUGAUAGCUUACCUUUCAGCCAAUAGCCGCAAAGAUGUCGCUGACGGUUUCCGAACUCAGAGGAUCAACCUCGGAUCAUCACAUGCCUCAGCUUUGGUCGCUUUCAAUCGUCACCAAUGACGGAGUUACAAGCUAUCCUAGCCCUUCUCCUCUAUCUCAACCACCUCUCAGCGACAUGUCGGUAGCAUUUACUGCUAUACCAAAAAUUCAAACGAUUUUAUUAUUGCUCUAUUCCUCUCGCUCUGUGUAGAAGUCCCUUAGAUCCCAUCGCUGUACGGAAUAGAUGGCACUCGGAAUAGACUAAUUACAGGCCAGUCCUUAUUGAUGUCAUGUCACGAUGGCGGUGCAAUCCACGCUUCGCCAUUCGGCAUCCGAAGACAUACUCGUAGCCUUUCUCGACAAGUAUAGCAAACUAAUCCGAGACCGCCUACGAAAGACCUCCCGACGUUCCAAGCUUUUUGCAGCCCUCCUACUCGCCGCGUCGAUAAUACUCAGCGCUGAUGGUGGCCGGAGAUGGUGGAACCGGAGAAGGCAGGAGAAAGAGCAAGGUCGGAAACUUGUGCGCACGAAUUCGUGGUUAUUCAAUAAAGAUGGCUCGCGAACGAUAUACGUUCCGUAUAAGGAUGGAACGUCCAAAGUAGUUAUUAAUCGGACAAAACCUUUGACCUUCGAAGCGCAUCGUCGGCUCUUCCUAAACCCGCCCAAGGUUUCGGGACUUGGCGAUGGAACCGUUCCUUCGGCUCAGACCAAGCCAGGCCUAAACCUUGCGUUCCUACAUCAGUUUCUCAGCCUGAUGAGCAUCAUGAUACCGCGAUGGACUAGCAAAGAGGCCGGGUUAUUGGUCAGCCAUGGCGCGUUUCUGAUGCUUCGCACCUAUCUUUCGUUAGUAGUUGCGCGCCUAGAUGGUGAGAUUGUUCGCGACUUGGUCGCAGGUAACGGAAGGGUAUUCCUCUGGGGUAUAGCAAAGUGGUGCGGACUUGGUGGUUUUGCCUCAUAUACCAAUUCUAUGAUCAAAUUCCUCGAGUCUAAAGUAUCUAUCGCAUUCCGAACUCGGUUAACAAGAUAUAUCCACGACUUAUAUCUCAAUGACAAUCUUAACUACUACAAGCUAUCCAACUUGGACGGCGGCGUCGGACAGGGAGCCGACCAAUUCAUUACACAAGAUCUAACCCUGUUUUGUGCUUCAGCUGCCAAUUUAUAUUCCUCACUUGGGAAACCAUUUAUCGAUCUCUGUGUUUUCAACUAUCAACUAUACCGCUCACUGGGUCCACUCGCGUUAACGGGUCUUAUGAGCAACUACUUCCUGACAGCAAGUAUUCUGCGAAAGGUAUCACCUCCUUUUGGGAAGCUCAAGGCAGUUGAAGGACGUAAAGAGGGUGACUUUAGAAGCCUUCAUGCCCGUUUGAUUGCAAAUGCCGAAGAAGUCGCUUUCUAUGGUGGUGCUGAAAUGGAAAAGUCUUUCUUAAACAAGGAAUUCAAAUCCCUCAAGAGUUGGAUGGAAGGAAUCUACCUGCUUAAGAUCCGUUAUAAUAUCCUCGAAGAUUUUAUCUUGAAAUACAGCUGGAGUGCUUACGGUUAUCUCUUGUCAUCUUUACCAGUCUUCCUCCCAGCUUGGGGCGGCUUAGGAGGCGCAAUGGAGAUGAUUGACAGCGCCGAAAAAGGUGGCCGAGAGCGCAAUCGUAUGAAGGACUUCAUCACGAACAAGCGACUUAUGCUCUCGCUCGCGGAUGCGGGUGGACGCAUGAUGUAUUCAAUCAAGGACCUUUCCGAACUGGCCGGCUAUACUAGUCGCGUUUAUACCCUAAUUUCGACGCUACACCGCGUGCAUGCCGAUGCAUACGUCCCGCGACCAAGCGGCAACGAACUAUACUCGCUUUCCGACGUCCAGGGUACCAUCCAGAAGGGCUUCGACGGCGUACGAUUUGAGCAUGUACCUAUCGUUGCGCCUGGGCUAUGGCCUCAAGGUGGCGAGGAAUUACUAGAGUCACUAUCCAUGAUUAUCCGUCGAGGAGAACACUUAUUAAUAUCCGGUCCGAAUGGUGUUGGCAAGAGUGCCAUUGCUAGGGUCCUUGCUGGACUUUGGCCAGUCUACCGUGGUUUAGUGAGUCAACCCAAGUCUAUUGGUCAGGAUGGAAUUAUGUUCUUGCCUCAGAGGCCGUACCUGAGCGUGGGCACCUUGCGUGAUCAGGUCAUCUAUCCAGAUGGUGAACUAGACAUGCGCCUCAAGCGUAAAUCAGAGGAUGAACUGAAGCGAGUGUUGGAUGCUGCCAAGCUUGGCUACUUACCUGAUCGAGAGGGCGGCUGGGAUACUCGGAAGGAAUGGAAGGAUGUCCUGAGUGGCGGCGAAAAGCAAAGAGUCGGCAUUGCCCGGUUACUAUACCACGAACCCCAAUAUGCAGUAAUCGAUGAGGGCACCAGUGCUGUAUCAAGCGACGUCGAGGGUCUAUUAUACGAAACAUGCAAGGAAAGGGGUAUCACUUUAAUUACUAUCUCGACGCGUGCUUCUUUGAAGAAAUAUCACACCUUUAACCUCAUGCUUGGGUUGGGUGAGACCGGCGACAAAUGGGAGUUUGAGCGGAUUGGAACAGAAAGGGAAAAGAUGCAGGUAGAACGGGAACUGCAAGAGCUUCGAGAAAGACUGUCUCAAGUUGAGCAGUGGAAGCAACGGCAUGAGGAGAUCGAGAAAGAACUCGCACAAGUAUGGGUUGAGGGCGAUGCCUCCUUGGAUCCGCCACCGUAUGUGGAAAAUACUAUUGAGCCCGAACCAGAGAAGGGUGAGGCCUAAUGAUGUGUGUUGGAUUGAAGUUCUAGAUAACACAGGUCAUAUAAACAGGGACGUCAAGAUGCUGGCUGGCGUUGAUCUUGAGAAAAUCAAAGUAGAAUAAAAGAUGGCGGUUCAUUCGGUCAUAUGAAAGGCCCCCUCUAUAUUAUUGUGCCAGAUCACAAAGCGUAAAAAGUUGAUUACUCCGAGUGAAGCUCUUGUAUCAUAAGUCAAUGGGGUAGGGCCGGAGGGUCAAAGCCCCUGAUGACUGGCCUAUGAGGUCUCCCAGGAUAUUUCCGAUGAAUUUUAGUUUUAUAUAGACUCACUGUAUGCACGGUGUAGAUACGAUAUAUUAUAUGUACUAUUAAGCACGCCAG